UCUUCUCACUUCUAUCUCUAGCGGCGGCGCGUUCACUUUUAUAUCAAUUGUUGUGCUAUGAAAUCAAUAAACAGUAACAUUUGUGGGUGCGUUGCAUGCGGUAGCAAAUUAUUCCUUAAAGUAUUGUUUGAAAAUAAAUAAAAAAGUGGAGUAAAAUAAUCGAAAAAAACAGCAAGCAGAAGCGGCUCAAAUCGAGAUCGAGAGAUUAGAAUUUGUCUUUUUUCCGCGAAAAGUGAAAGUUAUAUACUUAGAAGUCUUGAUAGAUGUGUCUAUCUACUGAUAGAAAACGACGUUGAAUCGUGUUAAUCGUGAUGAAAUAACAAAUAGUCGGCUAUAUAAAGCAACUCUCUUAUAUGAAUCUCUUAAUACGUACGAGAUUCUCAGGGCUAUAUGACGACAUGUUCUCGCUUACUUUGUAGCGCCUCUGCUACAUUUUUGGAUUUACCAUUUUCAUUAUCGCUACAGUUCUCCCCAGCGAACCUUCUUUUUGAGAGUCAAGUAUUAAUUUCGCUACAGCGCCUGCCAUAUUAUUAUGACAAGAAGUACAAUUUCCUGCCUAUUGUUAUAUUUCUUCAUACUAUGCUGUCUCUAUGAAGACCUCAAAGCGGCUGAUGAAGAUGAUGAUGCCUUCACACUGGUCUUUGGCAGUGAAUCAUCACUAGAGGAUGUGCAGCAAGAAAUCAACGAUGCCAAGGAAACUCUAACAGAAGUUUUAAGGAGCUUUAUCCAUCUAUUUGAGGACUAUGACAGCUUCGUUAAACGUUUUGACAAACUAGAUACUGCGCAGAGUAAACAAAAUGGCAAUUUGCAAAAACAACUGGAAACCAUUAUUGAGGAAAGUCUUGCGCUACAGAGCACGGAGCUUACGCAACAGCUGAUGACCGAACCAAAAUGGCUGCAGGACCAGAUGAGCGCUGAGCUGAAUUCAUUUAUCGAUGAAUUGCAAAAGAGCGAAAACAAAUUGCUUGUUAAAAACUAACAAAAAGCAGCGUGAAGUCAGGAAAAUUUCAUAUUUAUUUGAUAACAAAAUUGCAAGAGGACACAGCGACACUGAAUAAUAAUAAAAAAAAUGUUAAACUUAUGGAAUUGUAGACGCUUCUAAAAUUACUAAAGACUAUUAUAAAGAGUCUCCCGUGUAUAGAUUAAAAUAGGUAGCAAGCAACAGACCGGGUCACUAAGCAUGUCAAGUUCAAAACACUGUCGGUCAAUAGUAUAAACACAUGUGUCUCCAUUAUGUGAAAUCUUCAACUAAAUAACUUUUUUAUUUUUGCCAUAAAAUAGAGAAUUUUGCAAGCAAAUAUGUUAAUAUAUACAUACACAUACAUAUACACACGCACUUAAAUAGAACAAAAGCACGCACUGGCAGAGCGGGUGCACUGGCGCAGAAGAUUUGCGUGUAGGUGAAUCACUUGUUAAUAGCCGACAGGUUAAGACGAUCAGCGAAGCAAGAAAACCAUUUCCAAAGGUUGUGUUAAAGAAUGCGUGUAUGUGCUCUUAAUAGUAUGCAGUAGCAAAGCUGCUUUGUUGCUACAUUAAAAAAAAUUCAAAAAAAAAAAUCAGAAAGAAAAUUAAAACUUCACGCGUGUUUUUUCUUUUUUUUCAUUCAGAAGCAUUAAUAAGCCAAAUCAUAAAUCGGGUUUAAUGCACUGCUUUCGUUGUCAAGCAAUUAAAAUUUUAUUAAAAUCACAAUGGCAGAAGCAGUGGAGGCGGCCACUGUUUUUCAGACUAAAAAGAAUUAAUAGCUUGUGACUUUAAGCCACUGAUGUGGAAUGAACAAAGACGGAAUUUUAAAGUUCAAAUGCUGGGAAAUCCGCAUUUGGGUGCGUUAGUUCAAAAGUGUUGUUGCAAAUCUCGAUUUUGCACUGCGAAACGUAUAGAAGUGAUGAAAUAUACAUUUGGCAAAGAUCAGUAAUACGAUCACAAGAUGUCUACAAUCUAGAAAAGAAUCGAUAUAUCGAUAAAAGCAAUAUAAACGAACGAUAAAAUAUAAUUGUCAAAAAAUAGCAUAAAAAUGCAAAAAUAUUGCCAAUUAUCGAAUUUAAAAAUUAUCGAUAUAGAAUUAUCGUUAUCGAUUUUUUGAAAUAUCGAUAGUAAAUCUUAAAAAGGUGAUUCCUUAUUAGAAAUAUCGAAAUCUCAUAUGAAAAGUAUUGACAAUGAUUGGUAAAAUAUCAAUUGCCUAAAAAUCGAUAGAAAACUAUCGAUAUCAAAAAACAAAUAUCGAUAAAAGCCACAUAAGCAAACUUAAGUAUUAUCCAUAGAACAUAAUUAUCAAAAAUCACAUAAAAAAUGUAAAAAUAUUGCCAAAUAUCGAGUUUUAAAAUUAUCGAUAAAUAAGUAUUCACAUAUCGUUGUCGAAUUUUAUAAAUAUCGAUAGUAAAUUAUAAAAAUGUGAUGAUAUCGAUAGAAGAAUGAAUGAAAAUAAAUAUAUAAAUCGUUUUACGAAUUGUUAAAAAAUCGAUAACUCAUAGUAAAAUAUCAAUAUACUAUAGGAUACGUAAAAAUAUUGAUAACUCAUAGUAAAAUAUCAUUAUACUAGAAAAACUUGAAACACUCAAUAUUAAUGUUUGUAUAUGAAUUAGUUUAAGAAUUACAUUAACUAACGUAUCAACACUAGAGUAUUCUAAUAUGAUUACCAAACAAGCAAGCUAGUACUCUAAUGAUAGUAGCUUUACUAUAAUAAUUUUUCGAUAUUACUAAGUGUAUUAUGUCACUAACCUCAAAUAGUAAGCAAUGCAUUUUUUGUGCUCACUACUGUGAAA